AUGGGAAGAAAGGGAAACUACGAUGUAAAGGAGAAGAGAGGCCCUGGACGGAAAGCUCGUAAGCAAGGCGAGCCGUCACCAAUAGGCAUUUUUAGUGCCAAACUAAAGGACAAGAAAAAGAGCUCUCUUAAAAGAAAAGAUGCAUCCUUGCCUGAUUCGGCUAGAAAGAGAGUUAAGUUUUCUGAAAACCUUGUUGAAGAACGUUUGAUGGAUUUUGGAGACUUGAAUGAAAAUGUAGUGGCAGAAAGUGAUGAAGAAAAAGACGAAUAUGACCUGAAUGGAAUUGAUGAAGAAGAGGAUGAAUAUGACGUGAAAGACAGUGAUGAAGAUGACGAUGUGAAAGAAAAAGAUGAGGAGGAUGAAGAAGAGGAUGAAGAAGAUGACAUCAAAGAAAAUGAUAAAGAUGAUGAAGAGGACGAUGAUGAAGAGGAUAAAGAUGACAUGAAAGUUUCCGAUUCUGUUGAAAUUGGAAUUGACGAAACUCUGCCUCCCGACAUAUCGCUCAUCAAACAACGCAUCUCUGACAUUCUCUUUGUUCUCAGUGAUUUCAACAACCGACGUCAAGAGGACAAAACUCGGGAGGACUAUUUGCAAGUUCUGAAAGACGACUUCUGCUCGUACUACAACUACAACAAGUUUCUCAUGUCCAAACUGAUGUAUUUAUUCCCCCUUGAUGAGCUGAAGGAGUUUUUGGAAGCCAGCGAAGUACAGAGGCCUCUUGUUAUUCGCGUUAACACGCUCAAAACUAGAAGACGUGAUCUUGCCCAGGCGCUAAUUAAUCGAGGCGUCAACGUUGACCCAGUGGGCAAUUGGUCAAAGGUGGGCCUGGUUGUGUACGACUCUCAGGUGCCUAUUGGCGCCACACCGGAAUACCUGUCGGGCCACUACAUGCUCCAAGGAGCGGCCUCGUUGGUUCCCGUCAUGGCUUUGGCCCCUCAGGAAAAUGAGAAGAUUCUUGACAUGUGUGCCGCUCCCGGUGGCAAAACCACGCACAUUGCCUCGAUCAUGCGAAACACCGGUGUGCUUUUCGCCAACGACGCCAACCGAGAUCGCUGCAAAGCAUUGACUGCCAAUUUACACCGUCUUGGAAUUGUCAACACCAUUGUCAGCAACUACAAUGGUCUCAAGUAUCCGCGAAUAAUGAAAGGAUUCGACCGUGUGUUGAUCGAUGCACCCUGCUCAGGCACUGGUGUCAUCUGUAAGGACCCGGGUGUGAAAACAACCAAAAACAAUGCUGAUAUUCUCAAAUGCGCUUACACACAGAAGCAGUUGAUUUUGGCUGCCAUUGACUGCGUGGAUGCAAAUUCGCAGACUGGCGGGUACAUUGUCUACUCGACCUGUUCUGUUUUG